GGACAAAAGAAAUGAUGGGGGCAUCAUAGGGUGCUAAACAUGCCUUAUUUCCAGAAAUGAAGUAGCUUUUCUUGGAACUAUAUUCUUUAAAGCAGUUAUUUACCACCUUUUCACCUUCCAUAAAUUCUCACACCACCUGCCUCUUCUUAACAUUCACACUCACUUUGUCUCACACACAACUACAUUUUCACAUAGAAAAACAGAAAUGGGGUUUGCUAGUGAAUUUUGUGGCAUAUUCUGUUGCCUUGUUGUUCUUGCAUCCUCACUGGUUAAUGCUGAUCCUAUUGUUCCAGCCCUAAUCAUAUUUGGAGACUCUGUUGUUGAUGCGGGUAAUAAUAAUAAUCUGAACACACUAGUCAAGGCCAAUUUCCCUCCAUAUGGAAGGGAUUUUGCUGAUCACAAGCCAACUGGUCGAUUUUGCAAUGGAAAGCUAGCUACUGAUUUUACUGCUGAGUAUCUUGGGUUCGAGUCCUACCCACCAGCUUACCUUAGCCAAGAUGCCAAAGGAGAGAACCUCCUGACUGGUGUUAACUUUGCAUCUGCUGCUUCUGGUUAUUAUGAUGGCACUGCCAGGCUAUAUAGUGCUGUUACAUUGACCCAGCAGCUAAAUUACUACAAGGAGUACCAAACAAAAGUGGCAAGUAUGGUAGGAAAUGCCAAGGCCAACGACAUAUUUUCAGGUGCUAUACAUCUUCUAAGUGCAGGGAGCAGUGAUUUCAUUCAGAAUUACUAUAUCAAUCCUCUUCUUAACGGAGUCUACUCACCAGAAAAAUUCUCUGAUAAUCUCAUGACAUAUUACACUACUUUUAUUCAGACACUAUAUACACUGGGAGCACGAAGGAUUGGUGUGACAAACCUUCCACCAACUGGGUGUUUGCCUGCUGCUAUCACGAUCUUUGGUGCAGGAAGCAACCUGUGUGUCGAAAGGUUCAACACGGAUGCCGUUGCCUUCAAUGAUAAAUUAAACACCACCUCUCAGGGUCUCGUAAGUACUCUCCCGGGCCUCAAACUCGUGGUCUUUAAUAUCUACCAGCCACUCUUGGAUAUGACAGUGAAACCUUCUGAUAAUGGGUUCUUUGAGGGGAGAAGGGCUUGCUGUGGAACAGGUACAUUUGAGACCUCAGUAUUAUGCAACGCAAGGGCAAUGGGAACAUGCUCCAAUGCUACCCAGUACGUGUUCUGGGAUGGAUUUCAUCCAUCUGAAGCUGCUAAUAAGGUCUUGGCUGGUGAUCUACUUGCACAGGGAUUCGACCUUAUUUCUUGAAGCACCUCAACAUAGUUGCAAACAGUUGUUACACUUAUCUACAACUGUCUUAUAUAUGCUAUAAAAAUUAAUGUUGUAAGAAACAUAUAGGUGUUUUUCUAGUUGUGAUACACACAGCAUGGACAAAUUUACGCUUCCAUCUUUUGUAAGACAUAAAUGAAUUGCUAUAAUAAGACAACUACCGUUGCGAUGA